AUGCCCUUCUCCUGCCCCUUCGGACAGGAUACGGAGAUGCUGGCCAAGAGGGCGGCAAAGAGGGCCAAGGAUUCAACGGGCGCCAAGCCCCCGGCGAGCACUCUGCGCACGCCGGUGGCGGUACAGAUCAGCCCGGAUGCCAGCCCUCGACGCAACCCCCGCUUCAGCCCCCAGCGAGGGGAACAACAACAGGAGGAGCCGUUGAGGGUUGCCCCUGAUAUGCCGCCCCCAUCGACCAUGCCGCCUAGAGGGGCAUCCCCGGCAAGGGCACCUACCGACGAGCCCACGCACACGGAGGAAGAGGACGCGAGCUUGGGUGCAGGCGGCUCCGUCCCGGCAACGAACGUUGGCGGGGAGGGGACCACAUCUUCUCAGCUUGGCACAGACCAUCCCUCGAUGGACCAGGAGGAUAUCGACAUGGUCAUCGGGGAGGUCUCCAAGGACGCCGAGGCGGAGACCGCCAAGAUCGUGGCCGAGGAAGCCACCAAGCCCGCCACCGGGGAGACCGGCGAGGGUCUCGCCGGGGAGCCCGGCAAGGCCACUGCCGAGGACGCCGGCAAGGCCACCGCCGAGGAGGCUGAUGAGGCUGCUGCCGAGGAGGCCGCUAGGGCCGCUGCCGGGGAGGCCGCUAAGAAGCCUGCCGAGGAGGAGGUGGCCAACGACCAACCUUCCUCCCCCGCAGCCCCCGCGCCUCCCAAGUACCUGAAGGUGGGCGAUGACUUGUUCGUCCGCCUCCCAGGGACGGCAGACACCAGGGCGCCUACUGAGGGGUACGUCUUUGAUGAUGAGGCACUCGCCGCUGCUGGGCUACAGGUCGUUGAUGAACCGAGCACCAGCAGCAGCGGCCCCCAAGAGGAGCAGCUCCUCAGAGCCAUGGGCGCCAACUUCUAG